CAAUAGGACAAACCAAAAAGAACAACCAUAGUACUCUCUCUGUGUCUUUGUUUGGUACUAGGAGGAGAGAACUGUGAGAGCUGAGGAAAAUAAGAGCGAGUGAGCGAACCGGCCGAAAUGUGUCUUACCGGUACAGACUGUGCCGGCGGAACCGGAGGAGGAGGGAUUUCUAAAAUAAACGAUGACGUUUUGCAGAACAUUCUAGGGAGGUUGCCAGCCUUAACCUUCGCAUCAGCUGCGUGCGUUAGCAAAUCCUGGAAUCAUGUAUGCAGUCGGUUCCUCACGCGCCCUAAGCUCGCGUCGGCUCUCUCUCUCAACCCCUCUCUACAAGAAGCUGUGAAAGAGGUAUUUGAUAAGGUGCUUUCGGAGCCAAUUCGUCCACAAUUUGCAAUCGCAUUCAUUGGCGUGCAAUUCAACUUGAAAGAGACUCACAAACUUAUUACAGAAAAGCUAGGCGGUGAGAUUCCUAUAAUUACUAAUGCUGCCACUGGAAUCAUUGGUGUCGAUGCGAAAACUAAUGUGCUCAGAGAGGUGAAGUGGGAAUUAGGAGAUGAGGAUGGAACUAAUUGUGAGGAAUAUAAUACUGUAAGUAAUUUAAACCGAGGGAUUGUUUUGGUUGUUGGAUUUGUACCUGGGCUCAAACUUGCUGCUGUCCCGCUUAUACGGCCUAAGAAGGGAAAUCAAAUGGCCAUGGUUGACAAGUUUGUGAUUGAUAUUAUGAAUUAUACAGCAUCUGUUUCGGGUUGUACAUCUCCAACUGGCAUCAUAAUGUUUGGAGAUCAAACUAUUGACAUGAAACCCGUUAUUGCAAAGAUGGAUCACGCUAUGCCUGAGGAAACAACCAUCGUGGGUGAUGCAAGUGGUAACUUCUUGUUCAGAAGUGGGGAUAGCUCUCACAGCUACAGUGGGGAUUUGUACUUUUUUGAUGCUGUUGCUCUUGUAUUUGCAAGGGACAAAGCAAAGUCUCAUGGUAUAGGGGAAACUCAGUUCUAUGUUACACUGUCAACUGGUGUAAUUCCAUUUGGUCCUCAACUCACGGCAGUUUCUGUGAGAAUGAAAGAUCAAGGAUGUUCGUGGCUUUCUGCCAGCAUGGAAGGAUAUCAUGAGAUUCUUGGUGGCCAAGAUCUUUUAGACAGUAUUAAUGAAGUGAUGGAUCAAGAUGAAAUCGAUGAGUCUCCUGAUUUGUACAUCGGGGUCACACAACAUAGAGAAUGCUCCAUUGGGUCAGUCCAAUUGAGGUCGGCAACAUCCUUGGCAUUUUAUGAAGUUUUAGGUGGAGAUAAUCAGUACUUUGUUGUUGAUGGUGUUGGUAUCAAACCUGGUGACUCCUUCCUAUUCUACCAUUCUGAUUCUGAAACUGCAUCAUCUUCUUGUGCCAAUGUCUUUGAAGAUCUUGAAGCUUUGAAGACAGGUUCGAAUGACAAAUAUCACCGUGACAUAAUAGGUGUUGCUGAUAAUGGUCUGAAGAAAGAAGUCUUUGGAGGCUUUAUCUUCUCUUGCCAUCUUCGUGGUGAGUCAUACUUCGGACGCCCUAAUGUUGAUAGUGACCCAUUCUCUUUGAACUUUCCGAAUGUACCACUGGCAGGGUUAUUCUGUACUGAGGAAAUCGGGCGUGACUCUCCAGGCUCAAGUGAACAAAGGGAGGGUCAAGAACCGUCUUUUGGCCGAUGUUGCCUGCAUGUUUAUAGCACAGUUUAUUUAGUGAUGUCAUAUGUUCCUCCACCUUCGAAGCUCUGAUCUUGUCCAUGUUAUUCUCCACAAUGGUUGGAAACUUGUGGGAAAAAAAUUACUCUACAUGAGCUCUAAAUGUAUGCGUCUAUGCGGAUUUUGGUUUUGAAAAGUAAUACUCUGAAUUUAUUUUUCAAGUAAAAGCUGCUGAUAUUAGAGUA